AUGUCUAUCGAAGCGGGACCCCCAACAUCCAUCAACGGCACCGAUGUACUCCCCACCAAGCAAUGGGCGCGAGUACUCGAAGCCCUCUUCUCAGAAUCCCUCUUAGCCAAGGUCUGGUUCGUCGCAUCCAAGGCAAUGGGUAGUACAACCCCUCCAACCUUCUACCCCGAAUACACCGGCGAAGACAAGACCACAUACAUCUACCGAACCCUUGACUUCUGGACCUCCGGUUUCUUCCCAGGCUCUUUAUAUCUCCUCUUAGAACGCAGCACUCUCUUCCGCGACCGGCAUCUGAAUCCCCAACGACAAGCCGGCGAAUCCACCCUCCACCCCCAUCCCCUCCAACACGAGCACCUCUGCCGCUGGUGGACAGCAAACCUUCACCAAAACGCCCUUCGCAAGGAUACUCACGACCUAGGGUUCAUGAUCACCCCUUGGGCGAUGAAGGCAUGGACCCUGCAUCGAGACCCAGCGGCCUACAACACUCUCAUACUAGCAGCCCACUCCCUCGCCAGUCGCUUUAGUGAAUCAACCCAGUGUAUCCGUAGCUGGGACCAGUGCAUUACCAAGCGCUAUGCAUACAGAAAUUCGUCGCAGGACUUCCUAUUCAUCAUCGACAACAUGCUGAACCUGGAUUUGCUUUUCUGGGCAGCGAGAGAAACAGGCUGUCGGAGGCUGUAUGAUAUAGCCAGGGCUCAUGCGAUCACUACACAGAAGCAUCAUAUCCGAGAUGACUAUACGACAUUUCACGUUGUUGACCUGGACCCGGAGACGGGGGAGGUGAAGAAAAAAUUCACAAAUCAGGGAUAUAGUGAUGAUAGCUGCUGGGCACGAGGCCAGGCGUGGGGAAUCAUGGGGUUCGCGCAGACAUUCGAGUGGACAAGAGAGAUGAGAUUCCUUCGCACUGCUAGAGCACUGGCGGAUGUAUUUCUUGCGAGAUUGCCGGAUGAUGGCGUCCCAUAUUGGGAUUUUGAUGCGCCUGUUACUGACACCUCCCCACGCGAUACCUCUGCUGCGAUGAUCGCUGCCUGUGGGAUGUUGUUGCUCUAUAAGGCUUACAAGAAGCUGCAUGAUGUUGAGGCGGCUAACCACUACCUUCGGGCUGCUAUGAAGCUGGUUGAUUGUACGGUUGUGGGGUAUUUGAAUCCCCCUAUGCGGUUCGAGGCUGGUCCUGCGUCAGAAAUCUCCGUGUACGCAGACCAGUGCUCGACGCAUCACACUGAGACUCGGAACGGGGCGGAAGUGCUAAGGGUGGUUGGGGAUGUUGCUGAAACUAUACUGACGGGCGCAACAAUCAAUAACUAUGAGUUUGCUCCGCGAAGGUGGUCGGACCAUGGUCUCGUCUAUGCUGAUUAUUAUUUCUUGCUGUUUGGAAAUAUGCUCCUUGAGAUGGACUUGGUCGAUCCUCAUAUAUAA